CUAUAUAUACCCCGAUCCUCAAAAACUAGGGUAUAAAAACCCCCAAAUUCUCUCCGCCCAAAAGAAAAUUGUCGCUGAAGCAAAUCGAACGUUGAAAGAAAAACUAACUAAACCACAAACUUAUAGUAAUCCUAACUACAUAGCCAAUACCAGUCGAUCUUAUAUAAUGGCGACUUUUGAGCUGUACAGAAGAUCGACGAUCGGGAUGUGUUUGACGGAAACCCUUGAUGAAAUGGUUCAAAGUGGUACUCUUAGCCCUGAGUUAGCGAUUCAGGUUCUUGUCCAGUUUGAUAAGUCUAUGACUGAAGCUUUGGAAUCACAAGUUAAGAGCAAAGUUUCCAUUAAGGGACAUUUGCACACGUAUAGAUUCUGCGACAAUGUUUGGACUUUCAUUCUACAGGAUGCUCUGUUUAAGAAUGAGGAUUCUCAGGAGAAUGUUGGUCGGGUUAAAAUAGUGGCAUGUGAUUCAAAGUUGCUCACGCAAUGAGAAUCUUACAGAUCCAUAUUUGUCUUUUGGUAGUAGAAGAGUGGAUGGCAGGAAGGCAGAACUUGAAUCACAUUUACCAUGAAAGGUUAAGCAUUAGUUGUAUAGCCAUCAACUUUCGUAGCUACUGUUAUUUAAUGGUACAUUUGAUAAUGGUGCUUGCCUUGUCAAAUGUGUAUCAUCUUUGUUCAUGUUAUUUCUCUUCGGAGAAUUGAGAACAAUAUGGAGACGGACACAUUAACGAUGAAAUCAUGAAAACCACGAAAUUUUAUAAUGUGAAGUGUCUGCGGUUUCUAACAUAUUUGAUUUUUGUAUGCACUUGAUUGUAUUCUAAUGUACAGAUGUCAAUGAGAUCAAAGAAAUCAUUUUCUGAA